AUGUAUUUGAGUGUAGCUAAGGAUAAUAAAUACGUGGAGAAGGUCCUGUUUGCUGGGCUCCUCCCAUUAGAACAAUCAAGCUUCUUUUCUGGAUUAAACAAUCUAAUGCCCUAUCCAAUGCACAACCUAUCAAGCAGUUCCGGUCGUGCUAUUUUCUCUGAUGCAUUUGGACUUACCGAAAUGGAAGUUACUUCUCUGCUAAGGAAAAAAAAAAACAACUGA